AUGGCCACUCUGCAAUCCCUUUUGGCCACAGCAUUGGCUCCAUCACAAGAGGGUGCCAUUGCAUCUAAUGCAAUGCACACACUUAGCCUUUUGCAAUCUGGUGCUGUUCUUGCUCAGGCUGACGAAAAUACUCUCCACAAGUUUAUGGUCCGUGUCUCGGCAUUACUCAAGGCCAAAGCCCCCAUUGCCAAAUGGUUUGCUGCUUAUCUUGCUCAUACCGCAUGUGAAACUAACUGGAAAGUGCUUAAAUCUCAUGGUGGAACUUGGGCUGGUUUGUUGUUGCAUCUACUUGAGAUCAAUGAGCAGCCUGUUGUCAAGGAAGCUGCAAUUCGCGCCCUUAGAACAAUUUUUGCAAAGACACAUGGCAAGCAAGAGUUUACUCGUGACAUUACUACCCCUAGACUUCCCCAGUAUCUCAAGUUACUUUUCAAGCAUGCUCAAAUUUCAGAAGAAACUGUCUCGGUUAAUCAAAAUGGUGCUAGCAGCAAAAAAAAUAAUGAUGCACCCGCAGAUGAGUUUAUCGAACUUGGAUACGACGAACAUAGCAGUGAUGAAGAAAAUGAUAAGGAAGAUAAUGAACAAAACUUUUUUCACGAUACCACCAAAGUUGAAACCGAUAUAAAGGAUAUGACCCGACUUUUACCUGCCAUCAUUCCUGCCAUUAAUACCGUUCUAAAACUCCAAUCAACUACAUUCAGACCAUUUACUAAAAGAUAUUUGGCUCUUAUUUCUACCCUGAUUUCUAUCUCAUACACAGAUCCUACAUCUAUUUCUCCGGCUCUUCUUCGUGAUGUGUGCACAGGAUACGCCCUUCUUCAUCAUUCCGCACCAAAAGACACUGAAGCCCUUACAUGGCGUCUAAGCAUUAAACACGUUGUCGGUCAAAUCAAUACAACCAUUACAGACAUUUCCUUUGCUUUUGUGGACGAAGACUUUAACGGGAAAAUUGAAACUGGGUCGCUCCAGGCAAAUUUUACUGCUGAUAACGGCAAAACUAUCACAGUCGAUACCCCUGUUCUCAAACUUAAGCCUUUAAGUGGCACUACAAACGGAAUCCCUAGCGCACAGACCCUGACACAGGCUUCUGAUAAAAUUAAAUCUUUAAUGAAUCUUUUGGCUGCGCAUUUGCGAGUCUCUACAAAAAGCCCUGUUAAGCUUCCCAUUGGCGCACUCAUUACUCUUGCAGAUCGCAUCCUUUCUUUUUCUGCAUACACCACGACCAAAACUGUUGGUGGUGUCAAUGAAGGCCCUCGCCGUGCCGCCUUUUUAAAUUUUAUUAGUGAGAUUCAGUUUUUUGUGUUUGAUUUACUACUACUUCGUCUUAUCCCUCUUGCACAAACAAUGCUCUUGUGCCAUGUUGAUACUCUUACACACCAUGUCAAUAUCCAUGUGCAACCUCCUGCGGGUCCUGCAAUUGACAAUAUUAUUUCUAACAGAAGACUUCAGCUCAAGGCAUUACAGUUUGCUACAUCUCUUUUGCGUCUCCAAGGGUCUAUCCCUAAAACUGGUGCGCCUGCGGUUGCUGCCAUGGUCUCGGCAGCGGUUGCACUCUCUUCUCCUUAUAAGGAUCCCUCUGCUGAAGGUUUGGCUGAUGCUGUACCUGCACCUCAUCUAUUUUUCAUUGAUCCUACACCAGCACAACUUGCUAUUGUAGCCCGGUUUUUCGAGACUGUGGUUUCUACUGUUCCAGAUCUGAGCCUUCCAUCUCGCGCGAGCAUUGACCGUUGGUUCAUUGUAUCUGCUGCUACAGCCAAAAACCGUACAUAUGGAGUGACCUCUACAAACACCGUUGUGACCAACAAACAAAUCCAACUUUGGGACAAUGUGCUUUCUACAUCUGCUGCAUUCCCAGGACGCGCUUCCAAAUACAGCAUUUUGCCCAUGGCAGCACGUCUUGCUCCUGGGUCACGAGUCCUUGACGCUCUCAUCAAGCCCCGACUGCCACCUUCUGUUAAUGUGGUUCAAAGAAUUAUACCCACCGCAUCAUUUCAGCCGACUACUUCAGAUGAAGUUAUUCAAGAAACUGAUUCUCAAUCCAAAAAGAGAAAAAUUGACGAGACUGAUAAACAAGACGCGUUGUUUUCAUCUAAAGCACAGAGUACUGUUGACAUUGAGAUGGAAUACAAUGAAGGUGGCUUUUUUAAGGAAACCAAUGAAGAGAAGGUCAAUGCACCUAAUCGUGAAGUUUCUGUCGAACUGACAGAGGAAAGUGUUGUUGUCCAACCCCCAAGAAAUGUUCGGGAGUCAAUUUUUGCCAAAACUAAUUCUGAACCCUCGGCCGAAGUGGAUUCUGAUGCUAGUUCUACUUCUCGCGUCCGUAGACGUACCAAGAAGCAAAUGACUGAACAUAUGAGACAGAAGCAAUUAAAAGAAGCAACUGCCACACCCUCAGAAGAUUUGGAAGAAACAGACCAAGUUGUUUCGGUUGGACCAGAAAUUGUUCAAAUUUCAGAUGAUAGUGAAGAUGAUAAUGAUGAUGAUGAUAAGAGCCCUUCGACAGCUGAUACUAGCAGCAAUAACGGACAAGAUCGCAGUGGCCGUAAUUUCCGGUCGAGCACUCGUAAUAACCGGAAAGAAAAUACAUCAGUUGAAGUUAAUUUAACAGAUGAUAAAGAUGGAGAAGAUUUUGAGGAAGAUGAUGAUGAAGCUGAGGAAGAUGAUGAAGUUAUUAAAAUUAACAACAUAAGCUUAGAUCUUGAUAGUUCAAGUGAUGAAGAGUCAUAA